GAAGGAUCGGACGGGAAGAUCAGAUCGAAAGGAACUAGCUAGCUAGGAAUUCAAGAUAUGCAGACUUGGAAUUGAUCGAUCUUUAAGAUGAGCUGCUGCUGCUGCUAUGCGCGCUUUAAGGCCAUGGCGGCGGGCGGCGUGGCAGAGCUAGCUGCUAAUUAAGGUCGUCGUACGUCCUUCCUUAAAUGCGCUUCCCAUAACUCACUCGUACAUCACCAACCUCUUCCCUCCAUUCUCUCUCUCUCUAAAAAGUCUACUCUACUUUCUUCAUCUGUCCAAGAAAAACCAGAAAGCUGCAAUUUUUAUAUUUCUUUCAUUUCAUCCCCGCCGUCCCACACCUUUCGAUCUAGAAUAGAAUAGAGUAGAAACAACCAUCCAGCUAGCACAUAGAUGAUCGAGUCAAGAAAGACAAACCCCUUAAUUAAACUGCCAUUUUGAAUUCGAUCAACAUAUAUAUAUGUAAAUAUGGCCGCCUUUUUCUCUUUAGCCGGCGGAGGGAGAGGAGGAGCCACCGCCAACGGCCAAGACCACCGAGAAAGCGCCACCAACCGCCCCCACGGCGAAAUCAACCCCGAAAGUUGGUUUAUUUACAGGAAUGACGACGUCCAGGAAAUACCCGCGCCCGCCGCCUAUAGUAAAGGGUUCGAGCUAUGGCAAGAUCAGCCACAGCACCACCAUGUCCGCCACCACCUCAACCAUAACCCGCUGCAGGAUCUCUACUCCUCCGCCAUCGUCGGUCUGGGCGUGGGCCCCAGCCGGAGCAUCGGGGAUGCAGGAGGGGGUAUCGACGACAACCAGUCGAGGUCGGCCGCCUUCGUGGCGAUGAUGCGGUGCGGCUCCGUCGGAGGCGGCGGCGGGAUCAGCUGCCAAGACUGCGGAAACCAGGCAAAGAAGGACUGCUCGCACAUGAGGUGUAGGACUUGCUGCAAGAGCCGCGGGUUUCCCUGCCAGACUCACGUGAAGAGCACAUGGGUCCCUGCCGCGAAACGCCGCGAACGGCAGCAACAGCAGCCGCGACACUACCACAGCGAUAAUCAACAAAGCCUUCAGCUCGAUAGCGGCGGCCGAGACGGCAGUAGCAGUAGAGAAUUACUAUCAACCCCAAAAAGACGACAGAGAGAGGACGAUGAUCCAGCCGCAACUGCAGCCGGGUUAGAGCUGGGGAAUUUUCCGGGGAAGGUGAGCACAACAGCGGUGUUCCAGUGCGUGAGGAUGAGGUCGGUGGAUGACGACGACCAGUACGCUUACCAAGCCUCCGUCACGAUAGGCGGCCAUCUUUUCAAGGGGAUCCUCUACGACGAAGGCCCAGAGGAGGCUCAGUAUCACAUGACACCGGCGGGGGAGGCCUCCUCCGGCUGCGGCAGUGCCGGCGGCGGACUUCAACCGCACCACCAAAACCACAGCAGCUUACUCCUUAGCACCGUCGUCGGCGCCGCUUCCUCGAGAGCUGCCACGGACCCGGAGCAUCAGCACGGAGGGUCCGGGUAUGUGGACCCGUUCAUGGCAGCGGGUACGUUCUUCCCGCCUCCGGCAAGAGCUUAGCCCGGGGCCCACCGUCGUUGACUUUAGUCGUCGCAUCGUACAACAUGCGAUAUAUACGUACAUACAAACAAAUUGUAUUGUAUUACUUCAUUCGCUAAUUAAUUAGUAGAGGUGGUGUGUUUUUGAUAGGAUUGGAGAAAAUAAAGGAGAGAAACGCGGGUCUUCUGUCUGGUUUAAUUUCCACAUAAAAUGAUCCAAUCUCAGGGAUCGAGUCGUUGAAAUAACCUGUACCUAUUCAUUAUUAUACAUAAUUAUUAUAUAUUCAUUUAUGAUUUAAAGUACAGUCUCAAGUAAUUAAAUAGCUUUUGGAAUGGG